AUGCCCAAGGCAGAGGCCGGCUCGGUCAAGCACCUCAACAACAAGCUCAAGUCCAAGGGCCUGCAGCGGCUGCGAUGGUUCUGCCAGGUUUGCGAGAAGCAGUGCCGCGACGCCAACGGCUUCAAGAUGCACACGCAGUCCGAGAGCCACGUGCGGCAGAUGCUGGUCGUCGGCGCGGACCCCAAAAAGUUCAUCAACGACUUUAGCAACCAGUUCUUCUCGGACUUUAUCAGCCUCCUCAAGACGGGCCACGGCGAGAAGCAGGUGCAGAUCAACCACUUUUACCAAGAGUACAUUGCCAACAAGGAGCACGUCCACAUGAACGCCACCAAGUGGCCGUCGCUGACCGAGUUUGCCAAGCACCUUGGCCGCGAGGGCAUCUGCCGCGUCGAGGAGAACGACAAGGGGAUACACAUAUCGUGGAUCGACAACUCGCCGGAUGCGCUGAAGCGGCAGGAGGCGCUGCGCAGAAAGGAAGCGCAGAACCAGGGCGACGAGCAGAUUGAGCAGCGCAUCAUCCGGGAGCAGAUUAAGCGCGCACAGGCCAAUGCGACAGCGCGCGAGCAGGACGUGCCCCAGGACGUCGAGGACCGCGGACUGAAGAAGCAAGAGGGCGAAAAGAUUACGCUCUCGUUUAGCGGAAACAAGGCCAAGACGUCGGCCGACGAUGCUGCCAGCAAGGCCGAGACAGAAGCCGGCGCGAGCACGACGGAGGAUGCUGCGGCUGACGCAAAGAAGCCCAGCGGCGGCUUCUCCUUCAAGGCCAAGGCGCCUGUCAAGAAUGUAUUUGCGCAGGCCAAGAAGAAUGCGCUGUCUGGCGGCAGCGGCGUCAAGAAGACGUCGGUGUUUGAAGCGCCCAAGAAGAUGAGCGAGGCGGAGCGCAUCAUGCGCCAGGAAAUGGAUCGCAAGCGUCCGCGGGACGGGACCGGCUCGGGCAACCCGCUGAAGAAGCAAAGGAGCAGUUAG